CAUGUGACCAAAUCGUCACUAUUAAUUUCGCUGUCAUCAGUCGGAAAAGACUGAGAAAUGACGAAAUUUAAUGAAACUUGAAAUAAGUGACGUGUCGGAAACUGGUUGAACAAAUGUUUAAGACUGAAAGUAAAGUGCAAUUUCCGUGUAAGGGGGUCGAAUCAAAGGAUUGAUCACACUUCUGCGGGCGCACAGGAGAAGCAGGAAACCAGAAGUAAAAUAUUCGGUUGCAGUAACUUGUCAACCGGAGCUACAGGGCCGCUCAAAGGCGAUUAAUAAAGUGUGACUCUAAGCGUCCGUUACAAUGAGGAGCAGGCAGAGGGGUGGGGCGAACCUGGGCCUGCUGCUGCUGGCCUCUCAGAUCUUCCAGAUGGGCGUGAACAACAUCCCCCCUGUGACUCUGGCGACGCUGGGGCUCAACGUCUACCUGUUCCUGGCGCCCCUGGCGCCGCUGAUGCAGGCGUGCAUCAGCGUGCAGACGUGCUGGGGCAGGGACUGGCGCCGCCUGCUGCUGGCCCCCCUGCACCACGCCGAUGACUGGCACCUGUACUACAACAUGGUGUCCCUGCUGUGGAAGGGCUCCCGGCUGGAGCGGCGGCUGGGCGGGGCCUGGUUCGCCUACCUGCUGUCCGUCUUCUCCCUGCUCACGGGCGUGGCCUACCUGCUGCUGGAGCGGGGGCUGGCCGAGCUGACCCACGACCCCUCCUACGACAUGCAGUGCGCCGUGGGGUUUUCAGGAGUGCUGUUCGGUUUAAAGGUGGUGAACAACUAUUACUACCCUGGAGGAGCCACCAACGUGAUGGGCUUCCCAGUGGCCAAUAGAUAUGCCUGCUGGGCAGAGCUGAUCCUAAUUCAUGUGAUGUCACCAGGGACCUCAUUUGUGGGACAUCUGGCUGGUAUCCUUGUGGGGCUUCUCUACACCACAGGUCCUCUGAAGUCUGUCAUGGAAACAUGUGCAGGGGUUUUGACAUCCAAUGGAUACAGUGCAGGACAAAGAAACUACUACAGUUCCUCAGGAUACAGUGGUUAUGGUGGGACACGUUCAAAUUAUCCCUACCCCCAGAAUGAGUCCCCCAGGACCCACACUUCCCGCCCAGGGUUCCACCCCUAUGCUACUGGCCUAUCAGAGGAGGAGGAGUAUGAGGCUGCAAUCAGGGCCAGCCUUAGAGACAGAGGGGGCGCUGCUCACGAAAGCCCAGCCUAUGGGUUUAAUAUCCCACAACAGCCAGAUAUUUUGGAGGAGGUUCGACAGCGCAGACUGCAGAGGUUUGACCGCUGAGGAGGCUCGCUGAGAGGGAGUGGUUUCCCCUGAGGAGUGCUCGGGAUGAGAUUGGGCGAUGAAGGGUUAACUCUGCGGACUUGGGUGGCAUGAGUCCCUCCUCCUCCGCUUGAACUACAGCCAAAAUGUGUCUGUUUACAAAUCUGGAAGUAGUACGAAGAUCAGUCUUCAUCAGACUGCCUUCACAUCCAGCUAAGUGCUGAGUAUCUUAUACUCUGAUAGGCUUUCACAUAAUUCAUUGGCCCCAGCUUUUUAAACCAUACACAGUUUUCUCUUAACAUGGUUUGCCCGCUUUGCAAAUCAGUGGCCAUUUUUAAUGGAAUGAAAGUAAACCUGGUCAGGAGUGGACGGACUCCUGCUCAACAUCGGUGGACUGAGCCGUAGGAAACAGCUUCGUUUUGACUGAAAGGACGCUGCUUGGUUAUUGAACAGGUUAUUGUUUAUUGUAUUUCCUAAGCUGAUUACAAAAAUAUAUUGUGAUUAAAAAAGUAUAUUUCAGUAUGUCCUACAACAUGUUGGAUUUGUAAUACAUUUACGUAUUUGUACAUAUAUUCAUUUAUUUUUUUGUAAAAUAAAAAUGUAUUUUUCUUUUUUGUUAUAA